GCGGUUAGGCGUUUCAGUUUACACAAGGAGGCUUAUGUUGAUAUAGUAUCAUUCGGAACUUUUAAACGUUUCGUAAUCUCAGUUAGCAGUGUGCCGCAAGCCGACUCUCAUGUAAUUUCAUUCGUGCGUUUAAAAAUGAUGUGCUCCAUGCGUUGUUUAUUAAUUUUAAGUUUGAGUGUCAUUUUUGCACACGCAGCCAUUUACAACCCAAAUUUAGCCAUUAAAUUAAAGGGCAGCACACCUGAUGACUUUUUCGGAUACUCUGUAGCAUUACAACAAGGAGCACCUCCUAGGGUGAUUAUUGGCGCUCCAAAACAUGGAUCAAAUAAGGUGGGAUCUGUUUAUGUAUGCCCGCUUACAGGAUCCGAUUCAAUCACUGAUAAUUCUUGCCGAAGUUAUUCUAUCAGUGGGGAACAUAUAGAAAAUGCUGAAAGAGUUUUAUUCGAAGACAAUAUGUUUGGUGCUUGUAUUGACGGCGGAAUUGACAAAAACGAUGAUAUAUUGAUAGGAACACCGAAACUCACUGAAGAUGGUGGAGAAUUGUAUUAUGUAGUUGGAGGAAUUUUUAAACUAUCCGAAAUAGAAAAAGGUAAUUUUCAAAGAUUACCCAAAAAGACUAGCGAAAGCGUAUUAACCCAUAACGGAGAAUAUUAUUACGGCAAUGCACAAUUUGGAUUCAGUAUACAUGCAGUGAAUUCUUCGGAUUCUCUCUAUGGUACACCUGGAUUUAGUCACUGGCGCGGUGAUGCAUUCCGCGCAUAUUUGACUGAAAAUAAGAGUCCGGUACCAGCAUCCCGAAGCGCUCCACGUCGCGUAAAACGUGAACUUAUUGAAAAUACUAUUCAAUUAAUGAAGCUUACCGAUCCUGAUUCCUCGCUGGCAGGAUACGCUGUGACAUCAGGACAAUUUUUUGGACAUACAUCGUAUGUUGUUGGUCUACCCAAUGGUAAAUCCAUGAUGGGGGAUAUAAAAUUAUACUUUAACGAAAACGGAAAAACAAUUAAUGAGCGCGUAUCAUGGCCGAAUUAUGAAUACCGUCAAAUCGCAGAGCAUUUUGGUAGUACUCUUGCUGCAGCUGAUAUCAAUGGUGACGGUUUUGAGGAUCUACUUGUUGGCGCGCCAAAUGCAAAUGAAGAUUCUUAUGAUAAUGGAAAAGUUUAUGUUUUUAUUAGUAAUAAACAUAAUCGGUUUGAAUUACACCAAACUUUAGUUGGGGAAGCAAAGAGUCGUUUUGGUACCUCUAUCACCAACUUGGGAAAAAUCACAUUAGAUGCUUACGAAUCAAUUGCAAUUGGUGCUCCAUAUGAAAACGGCGUAGGUGCCGUGCGAGUAUACGUCUGGUAUGAAUCUAAAUUAACUUUAGAUUCAGUAGUGUCCCUUAAUGAAUUUUCAUCGUUUGGCUACAGUUUAUCACGUGCUGUUGAUAUAGACUCCAAUAAAGUUGCAGAUAUUGCUGUUGGUGCAUAUCUGUCAGACGCCGUCGCAGUCCUAAAGGCCAAGUCAGUAUUCUACUACAAUGUGACCCUAGAGUACAACACAUUAUAUUCUGAUCAAGUAGAUAAUAACCUGCAUGUCAACAUCUGUAUACAGUUAUUUGGCAUUCAAGAUACGAUCCAAACAGAGAAAGUCGUUGAAUUCGAUGAUAGAAUUAAAAACGUCCAAUUCGACAAUCAAACGAUUACAGUUUCAAACAAUGGACCAUCAUGUAAACGUUAUGACUUGGAGAUUUCUUUAAAUGCACCACGCCUGAAACCACUGAAUGUUAUUAUAAGACUUCAGGAAAAUACCUGUGAUACAUGCCCAGUACAUUCACCAACAUAUUCUAGGGUAUUCCGUGAGAAAAUACCUUUUAGUAAUAAUUGCAAGCAUGAGACUUGUAUACCUAUACUUACAAUUGAACCAAAUGUUGUUAAGUCACUUGUGGUAGGAACACAGGACAAAUAUGAGCUGAUUGUAAAUGUAUUAAAUAAGGGAGAUUCCGCAUUUUUAUGUGAAGUGGACGUUCAGUCAUUUUUGCCAGUUGGUAUUACACCAGUUAAUUCAAAGCAAUGCACGAAUACUCUGUGCUCAUUCAAUUAUAUCAUGAGUAAUAGUGGUAUUACUCAGGCGUAUACUUUGGACUUCAGUGGAUGGUCAGUUUACGAAACUAAACUAGAUAUAGAAAUUUCGACGACCUGUUUUAAUAAAUCAUCUACAACGAGCAGUGCAACCAUUAAUCUAAAGUAUCAGUCUAAAUUGACUGUUGAAGCUCCACAACUGAACAAACAAUAUGAUUCUAAAAAUAUCAGCACUUAUAAUAUAGAUAGCGCUGCAAUUUUUCAUGUAACGAAUGAAGGACCGAGUUCUCUCAAAUCUGCAACUUUUAUUAUUAGUAUUCCCAGAAUAUCAUCAGAAGAACAAAUUAUUGAUAUAUUUGAAACAGAAGAUAAUUCCUGUCUAGCUAUUGAUGCAUUAUUUGACACCAAAAAUGAGUAUCAGCAACCAGACAAAUCAGACUCAGACGACAGUCCGACAGUUGCAGGAUUUGGUAGUGCUUCUGAUGCAAGUAAUACAAUUUCUUGCGAUGACCCUAAAGUUAAAUGCAUGCAGAUUCAAUGUAAGGUGAGAAAUUUGCAAAAAAAUCAAAUGGUUAGGUUCAUUAUACCUAUCAGAUUAAAAAUGAAUGAGAUAUUGAAACAAUAUUAUACUACAUUUAGUAUUAAGAGUACAAUUACGAGACCAUUGACCAAAGAGGAGUUUUAUAGUGAACUGGAUGUCAUUGAUAGACAAACAAUUAUAGAGGGCGUUGCAGUUUGGAUCAUAAUUGUUGCUAUAUUAGGUGCAUUGCUGUUGCUGGCCUUACUGAUAUUUGGAUUUUACAAGGCAGGAUUUUUCUAUCGAGAACAACAUGAACGAUUGAUGGAAGAGAAGGAAAUGGAGGAAACAAUGGUUCCAAUGAGGAAUACAGAUGGAGGCGGAGCACCUGGCAUGAGUAGUGAAACAGAAGAUGAAGCUAAAAACUAAACUUUUGAUACAAAGAUAAAUCAUGUUUCGUAGUACCAUAUUAGCGUCUUAGUAAACUAUAUUCAUUAAUAUCAUUAAACAAAACGACACACAUUUACUUAAAAUAUAUUUUCAUGUUUUUUGUUUUAUUAUUCUAAGUUACAAACGAAUUCAAAAAAUGAAAAACACUACAAUAACUUGUUACUGUUUUGUUCUCUUCAUCCUAUUAUGUUAUGUUUAGAACCAAGACUAUUACUGUAUGUGUAGAAAUAUAAUACAAACUUAUAUUCUAAA